AUGUGUGGAUUCCGGUCCGGGCGGGGCGGGGCGGGGCGGGGCGGACAAGUACUCGUGGCAAAGACCAAGUCAUCAGAAGAUCCUUGCAUGGACAGCAAGGUACAGCCCCCCAAGGGCCAACAGUGCCCCUCCGCUUCUACCUCGACGUUGUCUUACGCUUUGUUCUGGCCAGGGCCCUCCACUCGGCCGCUUCGAACGCAAGUCAGAAGCUACACGGGCACGUUGGACAAGGUUCAUGCAUGGCCUGAACCCGGCACAAGCGCUCGCUCCGUAACAUUGGCAACCGGCGCCGCCAGCUCAUUGUCCUGCUGGACACAAGGCGAGCGCGGCCAUCUCAAGAUUCAGCGAGGCACAAAUUGCAGCUCGAGGACGGGGUUGGCACGAGGUGGAUCUUCGUCGAAUGGCAUCGAGGCCUCGGUGCCUGGCCCGCCCCGCGGAUUUAUCGCCGGAACGGGCAGCCGCGGCAUUGUGGUCGCGGUUGCUUACCGAAUUCGGGGAACGCCCGUGGGGAUUCUAGCGUGCGCGCCCGCUGGUGUGGUCCAAGCAACCUGGUCGGGAAGAUGCUCUCUUGUUCUCACCCCCGCCCUUCUUCCCCCCACUAAACCCCCGGUGUCCCGCGCCCCCUUCCACCGUCCAGACGACCACCCAGUUUCUGGUUCCAAGGAGCGCGCGCCACUCAGGCUCUGGUCAUCGAACGAUCCGUCCGUCCGUCAUGGCCUCCAACGACGGAGGGGUUCACCCGUCCGCGAUGUCCCCCGCCCACCUACAAGCGAACCCUCCGCCGUUUUCCCAGUUCCACCACCGGAGGAAACGGUCUCGAGAUACCGAAGGGGAUCUCAUGCCACCACCUCCACCGCCCCAGGCACGGGGGGAGAAGCUAUCAACGAGGAACCGAUGGCUCGUCCCAAGAAACGCACGAAGACGCGGUUCGCUCCUGAAUCCACACUAUACCCAACUUUGCACGCCGUCUCAUCUGCCCCCGCCGUCCCCCUUCGCUUCCCUCGUCCUUCGAUGACUCAGGUCGCAGAGCAGCUUGCCGGGAUUUCCCCACCCGUGCAAGCAGCUCCCCGAGUUCGUCGUUCCAAGACUCGAUCUCGUCACGACACGCAUCCACAGUCCGUUGCCGGACCGAGCUCCCAUUCAGACUCUCACCACCACCCUUAUGCCCGCCCCUCCGUCCCGCCCCUCGCACCACCCUCGAGCAGUUUUCGUGCCGCCCAAGCUACGUCCUUCAUGGUUCCCGUGCCGGUCGUCCACCCCGAGGCCGCGUCCUCCGCGAACUUGACGCCUUCGGAGACGUCUGGUCCCGAGACCGCGCCCUCCAAGGAUGUCCCUCUUGUCAAAGUUAUACAGAGCCACCCGCCUGAGAGCAGCAACAAAUCCCUCGACGACCUCGACUACGAGCUCCCCGCGCCGGACAACUCGAUCUGGCGGAAGGCAGACGUUCGCUUCGACGGCGUAAAGGUCUCUACGGACGAGAAGGCCUUCCGCCAGUUCACAUACGACAUGGUGCGUGUCCUGCUCAAGAUCCUCUUCACCGUCCACGGCGAGUGGAAGAAGAGGAAGGGCGGCCACCCGCGCCCCGUCCGGCCGCUCAACUUCAAGGGGACGAUGCUCAACCUCGAGUGGGCGUGGAAGAAGCUCGACGUUUGGCAGCCGAUCAGGAAGCGACGUUACAUUGCGUGGGCGAACGGUGACCCGCUGCCGCCGUGGCCGAAAGGCACGGCACCAAAACUGGGCGACACGGGCCGGGAGUUGGCGUACAAGCAGGAUGCGGAGGAGUCGAAGAAAGCGAGACUGAAGGGAGAACCAAAGAAGGGGAAACGAGGAGCCCAGGAGAUCGUGUCACGCACCGACGGCCCAUCAGCUCAUCCCGUUGCCGCCGUACAGGAGCCUGUGCGACACGUCCGCGAGCCAGUCCCUCAGCAGCACGUUGGCACCCCUCAAGGCGACCUUCCUGGCGCAGACCCUGGUAUGGCGCCCGAGUUCCUCCAGCACCUCGCAGAUCCGGCAGUGAUCGGCGAGAUCUUCAACAUCGACGACCCGUCGCUUCCUGAGCAGAUCGCCAACAUGUUCAUUCCCCAAAUUCCGAUCCAGCAGGCUCAAGCAUACAUGACGCAAGCCGCGCAGCUUCUGCAGAACUAUGGACAGGCGCCGCCCCCGAUGCCGGGGCAAUUCCAUCCCCCAGGUCUCCAGUACCCACUUGUACAUAAUCCUUACGCCUUCGACCCAUCCCUCAACCCAUUCGCUGUCCCUCCUCCUCAAAUAUACUAUCAACUUCCCUUCUACAGUCCUCCGGUUCCGGACAACAACAAUACUCUUAUGGUAAACGGCGCCCCACAACCUGGCGCAGAUCUCAUGUAUCCUCAUUUCACGCCCGCAGCAAUGCAAAGACUGCCGAUGGCGGGGACGAUGCAACCUCUGCCGCCCUUCACCGAGCCCACGGACCCGGCGGUUUUCAUGUUCGAUGUUCCAUGCCUCGAACUUCCGGCCUCUGAGGAAUCUCUCUACGGUGCGACCACGCCUCAGCCUUCAUACUUGGACGACCCUCUCUCUACUGCUCUUGCAAAGAUCCCUGUAUCAGACGCCCCUCAGCCCUACAUUGGCCCCUCUCAAUCUGGCUCCCACACUACCACCAUCCCGACGACUCAGCCUCAGGACGACACUGAAGACCCCCCGCUCCUUCGCAACGCCGCACCUACACCCGUCAUCAAGCCUGAAGACUCCCUCGUGCUUCCCCCGGAGUGGUUCGAGUUCGAAGCCGAAGCCGAAGCAAAUGGUGAAUCUCGCGACGAUAUUGACUUCGGGUUUCUUCAUGGCGAGGAUUUGAAAGACGUCAUCGAAGCCUGCACCGCUGACUUUAUGGCUGAGCUUGAGGAGAGCUCCGAGUCCGGUUCGUGGGUGACGGACGGUGGUGUGUCCGUCCAGGAUGGUGCAACGUCUACGCCAAUUACUUGGCCCAGCGACGAGGCGACCGGGGUGGCUGCCGUCGCGGAGGCCGAGGGCUCAGAAGCGGGCGUUGACGGAGGUUGUGCAGAACUGGAGGGCACCCUUGAUGGUGCUGUUUCGCAGAGCGGAGAUACAGAUGACGAGGAGUCGUGGGGAGAAGAACUGUGCUCGCAUUCGGACUGA